ACCGGAUGUCCAUUAAGCUAUAGUGUCCACUUAUAUACUGUAGCUCGCACAUUAGCUGUAAUACAUAAACUAGUAGUAACUGCACAUAAAUACAAACAAUAGGGAUAUCGUAAUAUCGUUUAAAACUGUUGUGUUCAUUUUUUGUUGCUAGAAAGAAACACCCCCCUUUCAUGUAGCUCCCGAAAGUUUACUGCAGGAAAUCGAAUACUGCGCUCGAGACGUUCCUUUAGCCUGGUGGGAACAUCUUCCAGGAGGCCCAAAAAUUAAAGAGUACUUCGACUACACUUCUCUUCAUGGGCUGAAAUACUUUUCUGAACCUGGACGCUCAUUAAGUGAGAGGUAUUACUGGAUCAUAGCGCUAGUGGUGGUGUACGUGAGCGUUAUCGGUGCGCUGUACGAUCAGAGUAUGCUGUUUUUCCACACCCCUGUGUUAAUGUCAAUGGACAGCACUGCCACGCCUAUCUGGGACAUUCCCUUCCCAGCCGUCACUAUCUGCAGCGAGAACCAGGUCAGGCCCUCCUCCUUCAACUACUCUUCCUACAAAACCAGAACGAAUUUGACGGAGAGAGAACAAGAAACCCUUGAAUAUCUCACUCUGACUUGCGAAUACAACUCAACGGAGACUAAGUUAGAUUACUUCUCUUCUGAUGUGCUGGACUACAUCCACAACGGCAUCUGGGAACGUUGUAACGAGACGAUCUGGAACUUAUCGUGGAUGACCGAGGAUGUGGAAGACCCCUGCGACAUCAUCCAGCCAGUGCUGACUCCAGCAGGGGCCUGCCACACCUUCAACAGUCUACCAGGAGACCGGCUCUACCGGGAUUACAUCUACUCGUCCCUACAUGAUCACGCCCAUCAGUUAAAGUCUAGUAACGAUGAUAUAAUCUGGAGCCCCGAUCGAGGCUUCAGGAACAAGGAAGCGACCAAUGGCCCACCUUGGCGGACACCAGGGGGAGGCUACGGCCAGGAUGCGAUAUUUCUACUUAAUCUCAACUCUCAAGAUUUCGACGAGGCGUGUUUUUUUGGAGGUCAUGGUUUUUUGGUGAUCCUCCACAGCCCUGCAGAGUUGCCCACCCUGUCACACCCCUCUACAUACGUGCACGCCGACCACUUGUCUCAGAUCAAGGUCAUUCCUGAGAUAAAGACUACUGAUGAAGAAUUAAGAAGAUGGGAUCCGAAACUAAGAGGCUGUUUCUUUGAAGAUGAAAGACCGCUUAAGUACUUUCAGUUUUACACAGAGAAAAAUUGCGACCUGGAAUGUGAAAGCAACGCAUCGCUGUCACUGUGCGGCUGUGUCCCUUUCUUCCAUCCACGUACAAGAGAUACUCCUGUAUGUGGACCUGAAAAAUUUUACUGCUAUGUCAGAGGCAUAGGAAAGUCCGUUGAUCCAGAAACGACCGAGUCUCACCAUUGUAAUUGCUUGCCGUCUUGCUUCGAGAUCGAAUACAGAAUUAGCGUGGCAAAUUUUCGACGAAACUUUUCAACAGCUUCGGGAAAAGGAUUUUACAAAGAUCGCUAUCCUGGAAUCAUCCCCGAGGAUUCCUUUGCAAUCGUCACAACCCAGUAUCAGACACAGAAAGUCACCGCGCUGAUGAGAGUCGCUGUCUUCAGUUUAAGUGAUUUUAUUGCCAACAUCGGUGGUUUGUUGGGGCUCUUCUUGGGGUUCAGCUUCCUCAGCUUGUUCGAGAUUGUGUACUUUUGUGUUCUGAGAUUUAACAAGAAAAAACCCAAAAGAGUAAGCCCUUCUGAGAACAGAAAAAAACUAAUAUCAUAAUUUUGUACUGUUAACUGUACACAUUCUGAAAUAAAUAUGAAUUAUA